GUAAAAUUUGUCAUGAGAUUUAGUAUCUUAGUGGCCUUAGCAUUGUAAAGACUUAUAGUGAUAAUAUUCAAAAUGUUAAUCAAUUUUAUAUACAUAGUGGGUUUCAUUGUUUUCUGCAAUGCAGCGUCAGUGUCAUACAUAAAGCCAUGUAAACCAACUGACAAGGCGUGCAUGCUGGCCAGCGCGCAGAGCGCCAUACCAUACGUGUCCGCUGGUAUACCGGAGUUUGGUGUGAUACCCUCAGACCCGCUAUCCAUCGACGACGUCCGUAAUGAUGACGCCAAUCUGAAACUGGGCUUCAGAAACAUGAAGAUUGUUGGUGCUAGCAAGUGCAAGAUUGAGAGCGUAACGCGUGAUUUAGAUAAAUCUACAGUCACCAUAACAGUGGAAUGUCCCCUUAAAGCUAACGGCCAGUAUGAUCUUAAAGGAAAAAUGCUGUUCUUUGAGGCCUAUGGAGAUGGUGACUUCGAAAUCAAAACAAACAGAGUGAAAAUCACCGUGGUACAAAAAAUAAAGACAGUCCAAGGAUCAGACGGCAAGAAACAUUGGAAGAUCACCGGGUUCGACUACUCUUAUGAUCUGGUUGAGAAGGUCGACAUUCGCUUCGACAAUCUCUUUGAUGGAGAUGAGGCUAGAGCCAAGCCUAUCCAAGAAAUCAUGAACCACAGCUGGAAAGAUAUGGUGACUGAAGUUGGAGGACCAAUCAUCAAGGAACUGCUUGGUGAAAUUGUAGGCAUCAUCAAUAAAUUCUACCACGCUGUACCAGCCGAAAACUUCGAAAUUGUAUAAAUGCCCUCCUAAAUAUGAUUAAAUGAAUAAAAUUUUA